AUGGAUCGUGAUCAUGUUGAUACUAGAAAAACACAACUUCGAGAGAGUUGCUCAUUAUCGGUCCUCAAUCAGCGACAUUUGUCGAUUGUGAGAAAUUCUAAAAGUUCCGAUAAUUUACACCGUGUCGUGUUACAUGUCACUCCACCUACGUCUCGAAAAUCUACCAUAUUUUUCAAUUUAAGAAAAUCAAGAAAACGUGAAAAAUAUAAUAAAAAAGAUGAUCGGAUUAGCGAGAAUGAUACUGAUAGGGGAAAAUUUUGUGCUAACACUUUUGGUGUUUACAAGAAAUAUCUCGAUAAAGUACAAUCCAAAAAUGAUAACAAUUCACCAUUGCUAACGGUUUCGUCCACUCUGAGAAAUGAUGAUAUGGCGCAAUCAUGGCAGUCAUCUAAUUUGAGUUCAUCAAGAAGUUUGUUCAACCUAUUUCGGACGACUCGAUCGCGUUCGGGCACCAAUAAUUGCAUUGUAUCCGCUUUUCCAGAUCCUUGCUGCUCAUCAUCUACUUCCGAUCCUCGGUCUACAUUAAGCUCGAUGGAGGAAAAGCGUAGCUCAUCAGUUGUUCGUCGUCGGAGGCCACGGUCGGCACACUUGGAUCCGAAUACUUUAGUUUUUCCGCCUAGGGAAAUGCCUGUACAGGAUAUUAGCGAGCUGUAUAGACGCAUUGAGAAAUUAGGCGAAGGUAGCUAUGCUGUCGUUUACAAAUGCGAAAGCAGAAGCGAUGGGAGUAUUGUUGCUCUGAAGGAAAUUAAAAUUCAUAAUCAAGAAGGAUUACCAUUCACUGCUAUACGAGAAGCAUCAUUAUUGCGCGCUUUACGACAUUCCAAUAUUGUAACAUUACACGAUAUCGUACACGAACAGAAUUCAUUGGUUUUUGUUUUCGAAUAUAUGAAAACUGAUUUGAGCAAAUAUUUGGAACUGCAUAGUACUGGACUAGAACAGAUGCAAGUCCGAUUGUUCUUAUUUCAGUUACUUCGUGGUCUUGCAUUUUGCCAUUCUAAGAAAAUUUUACAUCGAGAUUUAAAACCGCAAAAUCUGUUACUAAAUGGUAAUGGUGAGUUGAAAUUGGCUGACUUUGGCUUAGCUCGUGCAAAAUCAGUGCCAAGUCGAACUUAUUCACAUGAAGUAGUGACAUUGUGGUAUCGACCUCCAGAUGUUUUGCUCGGUUCAACGGAUUAUUCAACAUCUCUCGAUUUGUGGGGUGUCGGAUGUAUAUUCGCUGAAAUGUGCACUGGUAUGGCUCUUUUUCCAGGUACAAAAGAUGUCACCGAUCAGUUGGAUCGAAUAUUUAGUAUUAGGGGUAUUCCUGAUCCGAAGAAAUGGCCUGAAGUGCUGAGGCUACCGCAUUAUUCACCGAGCUUUUAUCCACCUUAUCGAGAAUUACCCUGGAGUGAAAUACAUAGAUCUUUGGUGAGACUGAAAAGUGGCCAGUCACUGCUAUCACAUUUUUUACAGUUGAAUCCAACGGAUCGUAUAUCAGCAAACAGCGCAAUGAUGCAUCCCUACUUUGGAUGCUUCCCAUCCAGUAUCCAUCUGUUGCCACCAACAGCUUCCAUUUAUUCGUUGCCAAAAAUACGAUCCCUUCAGUACUCAACUCUUACGUUAUAA